AGUGAUUUGUACUGUGGCUAAUCUUCAGCUUCAUGCGUAUUUUGUUUGUACUAGCCAUCGGUGAGGUUUCACUUUGACCUGUGGCUUCUGCAAGUUGUUACAUUAUUAAAAACGAACCUUUAUAAAUCAAUCAGUGGCAAGCCCAGUUCUGACACCCAUCAGUGCGAUAUACUUCACGCAACAUCAAGUACCAACAUGUACAUCACUUUACCUUCUUAAGUACUGUAUUGGUAACAUCAAACUGAAAUUGUUGACACUGGUAAGAUAUUCGUGGGGAUUCGUGGGACCACUUUGAGUAACCUUUUAAAGGUUGGGUGAGUUCAAUUUCAGCACGGCAUGGCAUUGGCUUGCCUCCUUUUCCUACUGUGUGUUGGAUGCUGCUACACCACCUGCCAAGAGGUCAGGUGCAUGGGCUCCAUUGGAGGGACGUGUCCUCCUACUUGGAGCCAGUGGGAGGGCAAAUGCUACAAUGCCACAGGGAGGGGGUUGGGCUGGCCGGAGGCCGCGCAGGAGUGCAUUCAGAUGGGCGGGGUGAUGGCUGUGCCACGAUCUCAGAACGAGAGCAAGUUCUUUGCCAGCUUGAUGCCAGCAAACAACAGGGAAUUCUGGAUCAACUGCAAAUGCUCGCAACAGGGAGACCCAUGGGUGUGUCAGGAGGGUGCAACCAGGGUCCCCUUGGAUGAAAGUGUGCAGUGGGAUAGUGACACCAACGGUGACAAUGAAGACUGUAUCAAGGUUAAGCAGUGCGAUUGGAAAUGGAAAUGGGAGCUAUGCACACAGCCCCUUCCAGCUGUGUGCAAAAAGCCAGUUGACCCAAUGCUACAUUUUUACGAUAGUUGGGUAUGCUCAGGUGUCAUGACUGACCCAAAAAGCACGUUUGACUGGGGUGACAUACGGCUUAACAAUCGUGGAGCAGACGGGGAAGACUGCAUGGGCCUACACGUAGAAAACUCCCGUUUGAUGCUGGAGGAUAGCCAAUGUGACUACAGGUUCAAAGCCAUUUGCAAGAAAGCUACACCAGAGUUGCAUUUCUAAAUACACUCACUUAAUCCUGGUCAUGUGACACACACCCAAAACUGAGGAAAGCAUAAGCUUGGCUUCUAGCUAUUGGUUACCAUGGCAAAUAUUCACUUUCAGCUACAGGUCUAUGGACUCAUGUGAUUGGCAAGAACAUUUAUUUAGCAGUGUAAAAAAGUAUCAAUACUAGACAAAGAUUUUAAUAAGUGCCUUUUGUGAAGACUUUAUCUUCUCUUUACAAUUUCUCAGCUAAAAUGUUCCAUGUAGCGGUGCUUGAAAUUCUGGUUUAUAAAAGUAGAUCAACAACAGCCAUGUUCAUGUAACUGUUGCGUGAAGGCAGAAGUUGUGCUGUUUGUCUGUUUGCGGUAAAAUACCUGUAGUGGUGUUAACAAGAACUAAACUACACUGAGCCCAAUGUCAUCACAGAGACACACUGCCGGGCCCAAAACUAUGAACCCAAUUGCACAUUCUUGAACAUGUUGGUUGAAGUCCUCAGAUGCAUGUCAGUUUGCUGUGCUGCAAAAUAGAUCAUGUACUAUGUACACCGUGCACCGGGCAAUGUGUGCACUGUAUUCACAAGAUUAACCAUGCAUACUGUGUUGCCACUGGUAGGGCCCGGGUUGUCAAGGGUACCUUUGUUUGGCAAAUAUUUGUGAGUCUGCAGGAUGUCUGUGUCUGUGAAUGGGCAGUCUACUUGGAGAGGGUCCCUUAACCCCUUUGUGGUGGAGGAUGUUAAAACAAGCCAAGUCCAUUAGUAGACGUGGGCACGGUUUACACGUUUAACUUCCACAUACGCAUUGUCACAACUCUUGCUAAAGAUUAUACAUGUACACACUAAUCUCCCAUAUGUUUUGUACACAGACUGUGUACUGAACCUGAGCUGGGCCUCUGCAAAUGGCCUGCUGACCGUACAUGUACAUCCACACGCAGCAACAACUACGCCUAUACAUGGGGCCUUGUGGGGUACCGAACAAUGAGAAGUAUCCCACAAGGCCAGUUUUACCUUGUG